CUCUAUAGUCGAGAAGCGGAACUUCCGCUUGAGCCAGAGAAGCCUGAAUCCCAGAGGUGGAGAGAGCCAUGUCGGACUCGGAGGAGUACUCUUCCUCGGAGGAUGAGGACUAUUUACCCUCAGGAGAAGAGGAAAGCGAGGAUGACGUGAGCGAAUUGGUAAAGGAAGACGGAGCGGAGGAGGAGGAGAAGAAGCCAUCGUCGGCUGGAGAGAAGCGCAAGAAGAACGCCAAAGGGACCUUGUGUCGGAAAAGAAAGAGAGGAGGCCUGCUUUUGGACCCAGACGGAGGGGAGUCUUCAAAGGACGGCAAGAGCGACAGUGAGGACAGCGAAUCAGGGGAGAGUCCGAUCACACAGCCGACAGAACAGGAGCAGAGGAAAAAGGAGGACGACUUGUGGGCCAGUUUUCUCAGCGAUGUGGGGCAGAAGCCUAAAGCGGCUCCCGCAGCUCAAACGUCUUGCCCACCAAAAGACAAGCCAGCAGAGGAGAAGAAAAACUCCUGUAAGCCCCAGGAAACAGCGAAAGAACCAGAGAAGAGCAAAGUAGCCAUCACCAAAGUGUUUGACUUUGCUGGUGAAGAGGUGAGAGUCACAAAGGAAGUUGACGCCAGGUCAAAAGAAGCCCAGCUUUUUUUGAAACAGCAAGAGCAGAAAACAGUCAGCCCAGCGAUUAGUCCUGCGGUUUCUGGGGUGAAGCGGCCGGGGGGCCUUGACAGCCUCCUGGGGAAGAUCGGGUCGAAGAAGCAGAAGUUGAGCACCUUGGAGAAGUCCAAGAUGGACUGGGAAAGCUUCAAAGAACAGGAAGGCAUUGGGGACGAGCUGGCCAUCCACAACCGAGGGAAAGACGGGUACCUCGAAAGGAAGGCUUUUCUGGAAAGGGUCGACCAUCGCCAGUUUGAGCGCGAGCGGGACAUCCGCCUGAGCAACAUGAAGCCCUGAAGCCGUCGCGGAGCCUGAUCACGCCUCUCGUCCAUCCCUCCUUUAGAGGACAGUCAACUCUAGGACCUGUAUUUUGCCUUUUUCACCACCAAAGUCAAUAGGAGAAGGGAGAUCCCACUCUCAGAGGAGUUUAUUGACUAAGGGACAGCGAUGGAUGCAGUUCGGCCGAUUGCUUGUCCAGAAUGGGGCUAACUGGGCCAUUUCCAAGGUCCCCAUGACGCCAAUAGUUCGGACAGAUGAGCAGAAGAUGUGUCAUAGAAUUGGCACCAUGAGGCAUCCGCUCACCAACCGUUUGGAACACCUCCUUGUGCAGGUAACAGGUUUUAGUAACGUCACACAAUGAUGAGUAAAGUGUUCCCCUGCCAGCUUGCUUUUGGAAGACGUUUCUGACUCCGCUUUGGUGUUCCUUUUUUAGUGUUAUUCACAUCACAAUCCGCAAAACUGUCGGAGAAGCAGGAGCGUGCAUGCGCAGGAGGACCAUUCCCCCGUUAUCUCCCUCUCAAUUAAAGUGUUGGAAUCUGUUGCGUUGGGUCUGUCAUUCCUCGCAAAAUAAGGAGCCUCCAAAAUAAAGCCGCCCUCUUUCCAGAAUUAAAA